GUGCUUGCGCGCAGUGUGAUCAUGUUCGGACUCAGAGCUGCCUCCAGAGCCUCUCGCCAGGUGGCCUCACGACACGGCGCAGUCCGGUGUCUGGCUACCGAAGCCAAACUUGCUCCCGAUUUCGUUCGCAUCGUCGAGGUCGGGCCCAGAGACGGCCUGCAGAAUGAAAAGAAAUCUAUCCCGCUCGAGACGAAGCUGGAGUUGAUCUCCAGGCUUGCUGGGACCGGUCUCAAGACCAUCGAGGCCGGCUCGUUCGUUCCCGCGAAAUGGGUUCCUCAGAUGGCAAGCACAUCUGACAUUCUAUCGCACCUCACCAAGACCCCGCCCCCCGCCCCCCAUCCGAUUUCAUAUAACUACCUAGUCCCCAACGUUAAGGGGCUUGAAACGCUCGUGAAAGUGCUGGAGUCAGAGAUAGCCUCUCUCCCGGAGCAGGCUCGCCCAACAGAGCUGCCUGAGAUAUCGCUCUUCGCUGCUGCUACCGAAGCCUUCUCCAAGGCCAAUACCAACUGUACAAUAGAAGAGUCUCUUGCCAGAAUCGGCCCAAUCGUCUCGUUGGCGAAAGAGAAGAAUAUUCGUGUCCGCGGCUACGUCUCCGUUGCGCUUGGGUGUCCAUAUGAAGGACCAGAUGUAGAUCCCCACAAGGUAGCGGAGAUCACCGCUUCCUUGCUGGAGAUGGGCGCCGAUGAGGUCUCUGUGGCAGACACGACGGGCAUGGGGACCGCACCGAGAACCCAGAAGCUGUUGCAGACGCUGACUGCUGCCGGAAUCGCCAGUAACGACCUCGCUUUGCAUUUCCAUGACACCUACGGCCAGGCUCUGGUGAACACUAUCGUCGGUCUAGAACACGGUAUAAGGAUAUUUGACAGCAGUGUUGGCGGGCUAGGAGGAUGUCCGUACUCGAAGGGUGCCACUGGUAAUGUGUCCACGGAAGAUUUGAUCCACACGCUGCACAGCCUUGGAAUGAAGACCGGUGUGAACCUCGAAGCAGUAGCAAAGAUCGGAUCUUGGAUCAGUGCUGAACUCGGUCGUGAGAACGACAGCAGAGCGGGAAAGGCGACUGUGAGCCGGCUUCAAGAGUAG